AUGGCUAUCUACAUAACCGACCAUUCCACUUCUGUCCUCAAAACCCACAGUUGGCGCACAGCGUCCAAUUCCGCCACCUACCUCCUACCUCACAUAACUCCGACGUCCAAAAUCCUGGACAUCGGGUGUGGUCCCAGCUCAAUCAGUGUUGAUUUUGCCCGCAGUGCAAACCAGGGUCAUGUCAUAGGGAUCGAAAAUGUCCCUGAUCCGCUCGACCAGGCUCGACACCUGGCCGUGUCGCAAGGCGUGACUAACGUCGAUUUCCGGCUGGGCGAUAUCCACGCUCUCGAGUUCCCGGAUAAUACCUUCGAUAUUGUUCAUGUGCAUCAGGUGCUGCAACAUAUCACUGAUCCUGUCAAAGCAUUAUGCGAGAUGAGGCGUGUUGUGAAACAUGGUGGAAUUGUUGCAGCAAGGGAAUCCGCGUCUAUGAUCUGGUAUCCAGAGAAUCGCGGGAUCGACAACUGGCUCGAAGUCACUCAACGGAUGGGAAAGGCGAAAGGCGGGAAUCCGCACCCUGGACAGUAUAUUCAUGUCUGGGCGGAAGAGGCU